CUCACGCUAGCUACUCUAGACAUCAAUGUACAGUUACCCAAUCUCUCAGUGUACUUGGACUCCUAAGUCUUCUCUUCCGCCAUUAACUCAUUGCCUAAAUCAGCAGUCUUUCAAAAUCUUAUUAAUUUCUCAUUUUAGAAAACAAAUUCGUGUUUAUUAUUAUAUAGAAGAAACAGAAAUGGAGAAAAACGAAUCGUUCAAAAACUACUCUCAAGAGCCCGAUUCCCCUCAUCCAUGGAACGCCGAUUUCGGAUUCAACAACGCGACCGAUCGGCGUUACGUGUUUUCGCGGCAACAGUCGUUUAAACAGCCAAUUAGAGAUCUCCAAACCCCCAACUUUUCCAACGAUUCCACGAAGCCUUUUCUACCGAGGAAUGUCUCGAGCAUCGAUAUACCCCCAGGGUUUUACUCUUUUGACCAUGUCAAGGAAGGAGUUUUCGAAGCCAAAGGACAGGAAUCGGCGGAUAAAUUAUCGGUUUUGUGGGUUUUUCGGGUUAUGAGAACAGGUAAUCGGCAAAUGAAGAGGUUGCUGAUUAUGAUUUCACUUAAUGUGGCGUAUUCGACUGCUGAAUUGAUGAUUGGGCUCUUUACCGGCCGUGUUGGUUUGGUAUCUGAUGCAUUUCAUUUGACGUUUGGCUGUGGUCUCCUGACAUUUUCAUUGUUUGCAAUGGCUGCUUCUCGAAGAAAGCCUAACAGUGUUUAUACUUAUGGGUACCAAAGACUUGAAGUAUUGUCAGCAUUCACCAAUGCUCUAUUUCUAUUGUUCUUGUCAUUCUCCUUAGCUGUGGAAGCACUUCACGCUUUCAUCCAAGAUGAAUCAGAGCACAAGCAUUAUUUGAUUGUUUCAGCAGUGGCAAAUCUGUUGGUGAAUUUAUUGGGCGUUUGGUUCUUUAGAAAUUAUGCUCGAAUCAAUCUUGCAUACAGUAAGCCUGAAGAUAUGAAUUACCAUUCAGUUUGCUUGCAUGUUCUUGCAGAUUCCAUUCGCAGUGCAGGUUUGAUAUUGGCAUCCUGGUUUCUCUCUCUUGGGGUUAAUAAUGCUGAAGUUUUGUGCUCGGGAUUAGUUUCGGUUGCAGUCUUUAUGCUAGUUAUGCCUCUAUUUAAAACUACUGGUGGUAUCUUGCUUCAGACGGCACCACCGAAUAUUUCAUCUUCAGCCUUGUGCAAAUGCUGGCGACAGAUUGUUUCUCAUGAAGAUGUUACAGAAGUAUCUCAAGCUCGGUUUUGGGAACUAGUGCCUGGUCAAGUUGUUGGAUCCCUUUCACUUCAGGUGAAGAAAGAGAUGGAUGAUCGGCGUACACUAGAGUAUGUGCAUGGUUUAUACCAUGAGUUGGGAAUACAUGAUUUGACAGUGCAAACUGAUUAUGUAUGAGCAUCAUCAUCCCCUUUGCUCUUUUGUUGUCGUUGUAUCUAUGGGAAAAGAACCUAUAUAUGAGUUGGGAAUACAUGAUUUGACAGUGCAAACUGAUUAUGUAUGAGCAUCAUCAUCCCCUUUGCUCUUUUGUUGUCAUUGUAUCUAUGGGAAAAGAACCUAUAUAUGUUGUAGUCAUUUUGUCAUCUCAAAUGGAUAGAUUA